CCUUUUUGUACGCGUUGCGCUGCAUAGAUAAAAACAGACCAACUAUACGUCCACUGUAUCAUAGUACAAACAGAAAAGUAGGUUAACUUCAUACGAAGUGGCCGCCGGUUUGAAUGUAUGCGUGAGCAGCGGGCGCCGCCGUGUACGCACGGAAGUUUCACGCAACAUUCGCAGUCUCAACCGGCUCAAUCGGCAGUACAGGCCGCGCCGCCGGGCUAAUCGCGCGCAUUUGCGUAUUACGUCACACGCUCGCUCCUUUUUGUUUGUUUAAUUUUUCAAUAAAAGUAGUAAACUACUUUAAACAAUUAUGACUCCAAAAAAAGCCAAAGUUUAUUGUGGUGUCGUCGGGUGUCUCAAUAACGACUCGAACAAACCAGACUUAUCCUUCUUCAAUAUACCUACUGAACAAGAAACGCGCUUACAAUGGCUACGAUCAAUCGAUCGCGAAGAUUUGUCCGAUAUGCCAACACGUCGCAUACUCGUGUGCGAAGUACAUUUCAAAGCUGAAGAUAUAUCCGUGAACUCUCGUCGAAAACUAAUAAAGAAGAAUUGUUCGCCGUGCUUACAUUUGCCUAAAAAUAAAGAAGAUAAAGUCAACAGCACGCCAGUCAACACUACAACCACAGCUGCAACCCAAACUGAUAUACCGACAUGCAGUGUUUCAUGCGAAACACAGAAGAUCAGUAGUUUUCCUCGAGAUCCCAUACGUUGCUCACUGUGGAAAAACAUUGUAGCUCGAUGGCGACGAGAAGAAAAUUUCGAUCCGAAAGAAUCCCAGCGUAUUUGUUCGGAUCAUUUCGCGGAAUCGGAUAUGUACAUGACAAAGAAAGGCAUAACGAGACUAAAAAAAACAGCUGUACCGACAUUGCUGGCGGAGUCCGUUCCGUCGGGCCCAGUCCUCGCGUCCGAGGAUGAAGACUCUGACAGCGACGGCCUCAUCGAGGACCCAUCAGACAUCUCCGAUUUCUUGGUGUUCAAUGACCGUCGAGAUUCGAGCUCUGCUCAGAAUCAACCCGGUGCGUCGUCUACAAGCGCUCAGUACCAGACCUCUAGAUACUCUAUGGUCGAAGGCAACUUACGAUCUGAGGACGCAGCAUUAGAAGAAAUCAUAAUAAAGGAAGAGAUAACGGAAGAGGAGAAAUCACAAUGUCGCCUCUGUCUCAGCGUUGGCAGGAAAAUGAAAGAGUUGAAUGAGUACGCAGUCUUAUAUAGAAAACUGCUGUUCGAGAACAACUACCAGAACUCCACCAUCCCCAGUUUCAUGUUCGAGAUGCUGGCGUGCUGGGAGUGCAUCGCCGAACUGCGCCGAGUGCGACGCUUCCAGCAGCGAGUGCGGCGCGCCAACGCGGCCUUCGAGAGCAACCAGAACCAAAACUGCGGAAACCUCUCGAACCUGAGCUUUGUACUCAUAGGCGAAAAGAAAACUCCACGGCCAGACGAAAACCUCUCCAGCAUAGAACAUUGCGUGCAGAACAUAAAGGAAGAAGCCUGUGAAAUAGAUAUAGAAGAGACAGCUCUACCCGACCCCCUAGACGUUCACCAGGAACCCAUAAGUUCGGAAGACAAAAUCGUCAUAGAAGUCCCAAGCGUGCAAACCGCAAUAAAAACACAGACAACACAAGCAAAAACCACGCAUAAGUCAGUGAAACGUGCAGCGGCCGAAACGAAAAUUGCAAAAGAUAACCCGAAACGUGCAAAAAUCGAGCAAAACGUUCCAAAAGCGGAAGUUUCAGAAGAUAAUAAUCCAAAGUCCAUCGAACCUGUCGACAGCGAUGAGAUUUUCGGAAAAGUGAAAAUAGAGUUUGAAGAAUUGCAAAGAAUUCUGGAGGACAGACGCAAUAAGGAAUCCUUUAAGAGUAUGAAGUACAAAUGUGAUUCUUGUGUCUUAGGAUUUACGGAUUAUAAUCGCUUGCAGGAGCACAAUACGAGUUUUCAUGACGAGGAGGUGGGGAGUUGCUCGUGCGACAUCUGCGACAGGCGAUUCGACGACGACCGGCAACUGUCGGCCCACUAUCGCAACCACUUCGUGAAGUUCGUUUGCAUAUUGUGCGAUUUCGAGUGCUACACCAAAACCGGGCGGAUGAUUCACUUUAAGAGGCAUAAGAGUGCGAUACAGGGGGGCGAUCCGGACACCGUAUUGCGAGAAAGACUAUCGCAAGCAUCAGUGGGUGGAAGUUCACGCUCGUGAGCUGAGAAGAUAAAAGUUUAGCACUUUACUUACAUCCCCUUUUAUAUAUUGUGAUAUCAAUCGUAAUGUUAAAAAAGCGAUUGGGCUCUGUAUGUUUGGUACCUAUGUUGACGGAAAUGGACACAGGAUAAUAUUUAUCCCGGAAAGCUGCUGGGAAAUGUUACCCGUAUACACAACACUUAAGAAGUUCCUGGAGUUGGCCGGAUACCAUAGGAUACAUUAUUCUGGGAAAAUAAAGGAUUUCUGCGGGAUUUUAAAAAAAACGCGGGUGAAGCCACGGGAUAGAUUUUAUAUUACACUUAAUUGUAGUAUAGUUUUUAAUUGUAGUCAAAGUACAUGUAAAAAAAAAUGUGUGUAGUUAUGUACACGCGUUAGAAGUUAUACUUCU